AUGGUUAGAUUAGGGUUAGGUUAUUAUACUCCCGUCGCGGAGCCGGUGCCUUGGACCAAGGUGCUGGGCCGAAAGGAGGCUCGAAGAACAAGGACUGCGGCGCGGCGGGGGGAGAGUGCUACCAAAAGCAUACCCCCGAAAGGGGGUGGGGUACAGGCAAAGCCGGUCAAGAAGGUCGACAAAAGGCAGGCGCCCGGACCGAAGGGGAGGUCGCCGAGGUUGCGCCCUAUGAAGGCAGUAGCCAUCACGGUCACCGCUCCGCCAGGCUCGCUGGCGGAGGCCAUGACCGUAGUGAGACAAAAUUUAGACCUCGCCGAAAUGCAGAUCGAUGAUCUGCAAGCAAGGAGGGCGGUCACCGGGGCUCUUAUAUUGGAGGUAAAGGGCCCCGAAAACCAGGCCAAGGCCAAUAAGUUGGCUAAGAGGAUGGCGGAGGUGCUGGCCUCGCAGGAGGGAGUAAAAGUCUCCAGGCCCAUUAAAAGAGCGGAGAUUAGAGUGGCCGGCCUCGACGACUCCGUCACGCCGACGGAUCGCUGA